AUGUUUGCGAGGCGGCUCUUUCAUCGGUCUCCAUCACCGCGACCAUAUCUCUAUCCAUCUGCUCUAAUGUCGCGGUUUGCCGUGGCCUCACAAGCACAUUACAGCACCCUGCUCCAGCCACGCAAGUUCCCGAGCGGGUUCGAGGCCAUCAACCCAUCUGAAAAGGUGGAGGAGGAGCAACUGCCCUUCUACAAUCGUGACAACUAUUAUCCCAUGCGGAUCGGCGAGGUCAUUAAGGAUUGCUACCAGGUAGUUGCUAAGCUAGGCUACGGUACAAACUCGACCGUGUGGUUGUGCCGUGAUCUUAGAGAGCAGAAAUACUGGGUGCUAAAGGUGCAUGUUAAUACCCUAAAACAUAAUCAGGAGCUCGAGGUCUUUGGGUACUUGCCCGGCGUUAGUACGGAGCACUUGGGCAAGGCACACAUCCGACAACUCGAAGAUUCAUUCAAGCUAAAGGGACCUAAUGGUAAACACAACGUUUUUGUCAUGAUACCUCUGGGCAUGAGUCUUAGAACUCUGCAGGAAAUACAGAAGGAUAAUCUCUUCCCGCAGACUAUCGUCGUAAAGUCUCUCGACCAAGUACUAAGUGGGCUGGACUUCCUCCAUGAGUCGGACGUAAUCCAUACCGACAAUCUGCUAAUUGCUAUUACAAACGAUUCGGUUCUCUCCGAGGUCGAAGACGACGAGAUCCGCCAGCCAUCAGCAAGGAAGCAGGUCGGCGACACUUUUACCUACGUCUCUCGGUAUAUGCUCGGAGGUGCCGGCUUGCUCACUAUCUGCGACUUAGGACAGGCACGCAUCGGCAGCGAGCACAGCGGGAACGCCAUGCCAGUGCCGUAUCGAGCACCAGAGGUUAUUCUUAAUAUGAAAUGGGGAAAUAGUGUGGAUAUCUGGAGCGUAGGGCUCUUAGCCUGGGACCUUCUCGAACGUGAAAGUCUCUUCCGCGUCUACGACCACGAAUCUGAGGAGCAGAAUAACGCCUUCCAUCUUGCAACGAUGACCGCCCUCCUUGGUCCGCCACCGUCCGAAUUUCUAAACAGGAGCAAGGAAACAAGCAAAUACUGGGAUGAAGACGGCAAAUGGAAGGGUCCCGCUCCCUUACCUACGGGGAAGACAUUGGAGUCUCUUGCCAACACUCUGACAGGAGACGAUAGAGAUCGGUUCCUCGACUUCGUCCGGUCUUUGCUCUGCUGGCUUCCGGAGGAGCGCCUCACCGCCGGGCAGACUUACUACCAUCCUUGA